AUGGAAGACUGCGUCAGGGAGAGGCAGCUGGCCCCAGAUGGACCCAUCAUUCCAUCCCCCGGCACUGUGAAAGAGUGCAGCCAGCCUCUGUGGGGCAGAGACGUGAUCUGGCUGCUGGAGCUGGAGGAAGCAGGGGACGGCUCCGGUGUCCUGACGGGAAGCGGCCCCUCUGUAAGUGCGUGCUCAGGGCCCGUGCGCGCUCCCCCGCCCGCCGCGGGCCCAGGCCCGCCCCCCGCGGGCUGGGACCGUGACCCCGCGUCCGCCGGCUCCGGGCAGACGUUGGCAGGCGGGCUGGGAAAACACGCGCAGAGCCCGCGUGGGCUCCCCGCCGCGCGCAGGUGCCCGCCCUCCCGCCGCCGGGCGCGGCCCCGAGGCGCGCGCCCCGCCCGCGAUGCGCGGCGCCCGCUCGGUCCGCGCGGCGCGCGGCCGGAGGGCUCGGCCCCGGCCGCUCCCCCAUUGGCGGAGGCGCGGUGCCGCCCGCACCCGCCCGCCCGGGCCCCGGCUCCUCCCGCCCGCCCGCCGCGCCUCACCCCGCCCGCGCCCCCCGCGGCCCGGGCGGCCCUCCGGCCACCGCCGCCUCGGCUGCUGCGCCAGGACACCGGCCCGGCGGCCCGCGCGCCGUCCCGCCUCCUUCCCGAGGGCGCGGCGGGAGGGCAGGACGCGCCCCCCGCCCCCCGACCCGCCACCGGGCUCCCGAGCACAGGGUCCCGCGGGGCGCGCGGAAGGAGGGCGCGCGGCGGGCGGCAGAGCCGCGGGGAGGCGGCCCGCGAGGAAGCCGGGCCCAGGGCUCGGGCCGCGACGGAGCUUCAGGGGGGGGCUCGGGCCGCGCGCUCCGCCGGGCCCCUCCCGCCCAGCGCCGGCUCCCGGAGCGCGGGCCUGAGAGCCGGGAGGGCAGCGCGGGUCCGAACCGAGGCCCGCGCCGGGCCCACCCCAAACCAGGCCGGCGGGGGCUCCGCGGCCCCUGGCGCCCGCGCCCCCCGCCCCGAGGGCGCCCCUCCCGCGGCCUCCGCGCCUCGCGAGCGCCCACCUACCGCGCUGGGGUUCGGCCGGGCUGCGCGGGGCGGGGCGGGGCGGGGGGACGGCGCCCGCCGGGGCGGGGAGCGCGCCCGCGCCGCCCCCUGGGCUCGGCGCCGCCGUCCUGGGUGCGCAGCGAGCGGGGACCGGGUGCCCCGGUCUCCUGACCCGUACAGCUUUGAAGACCGGGAGAACCGCACUAAAAAGUCCACCAAGACCGUCCAAGGCAAUCAGAGGAGGGAGAAUGGCAGCCCUGGGCAGCGGGGCUGCCCCUCUCAGCCCCAGCUCCUGCCUCCCCUCAGUGCUCUGAGGGGUGGGACCGUCAAGGGCAGCCUGCGUCAAAACGACAAAGCUGUGAAGAACUCCGACUUCAUGAGAAGUCCAGGAGCCAGCCCGGGGCGCUCCUGUGCGGCCGCAGCGGCGGAAGGAGCCGCGCGAGGGCGCCCUCCGCAGGCACCGCGGCACCCGGCUGCCGACGUCACGAGCAGCCGCCCCGCCGCCGCCCCGCCCUCCCGCCCCCGCCCGCGCGCUCCAGCGCCCCCUGCCGGGUACCCGCGUGCACUCCUCCUCCCGGCGCUCCUGGCAGCGUCCGGUUCCCAGGCCCCUGCAGCGCCGCCGGCCCCCCCCACCUCGCUCCCCGCCACCCCGCUCCCCGCUCGGCCCUCAGUCUGUGCGCGCUAA